AUGAGUCCAUCUCCAAAAGUCGUCGUACAAACUUUUGACAACUAUGCAAAAAGUCAGUUGACAUUCGUGCAGAACGUAGCAGAACUAGCAUCCAAGCCUGCUUAUAUCGAAUGUUUAUACGAAAGCCACGUUGUCGAGAUAGUCCUGCCAUUAGUGACUAAUAUAAAUCCUACCGUGAGAAUGAACGCAGUUUUGUGUUUGGUAAGAUUGGCAGGUAAUAGCGAACCGUGCGCCAAACAAAUAGUAUGUUCAAAAAAUCUAUUAAGUCGGUUACUAGGGCAGCUUGUGAAGGAAAAUAAAUAUUAUAAAAAAAACUGCAUGAACCUUGUUAAAAAUCUUAGUAAAUAUUCAUCGGCAAUUACUGAAAUCGUGAUUAAAGAAUGCGGAGGAAUAGAUGCUAUUUUUAUAUGCAUGAAAGAAUUUGAUUCAUUUGUCAGAGAAGCCGCUAUGCAAGCAAUCAUCUGCAUUACCCGCCUGGACGUGAAACUGUCACAACUAAUCGUAGACUAUGGUGUAUUACCUCAAAUUGUUCUAUGUUUAAAAGAACAACAACAAAGCUUAAAAUUAUAUGCUUUAUCUGCAUUAGACGAGAUGGCCAAAAAUAACGAAGAUUUAGCUUUAAAAAUUGUGGAUGUACCAACUCUACCUCAUGUGAUAAUUUUUUUAAUGCCUAACUUUGUUGAUAAAAAAGUUCAGAAAAGCGCAUUGAUAUUAAUAAAAAACAUUGUUAAGCAUUCGUUAUACUUAACUGAACAUGCAAUUGAGUCAAACUUAUUCCCAGAAAUAUUGCUUUUGAUGGCGCAUCCAGACGAAUCGAUACGUAACAAUUCGGCUCAAGUAAUUCGCGAAGUAGUACAGCAUAGCGUUCAGAUUGCUCAAAUGGUUGUUAAUAGUGGUGGAAUAGAUAAGCUGUUGAAUGUUAUUUCGUGUAGUCAAGAGUUGUCUCCCAAUCCUGCUGUACACGCUUUGGGAUACAUUGCCGCAAUGUCACCAAAACUUGCAUCAGCCAUAAUUCAAUCCCAGGUAUUGAUGCAUUUGACUGCUAUUUUAAGAAGUGAUACGGACAAGUUAACGAAAGCUGGGACUGUUUGGACGUUAGGUAUGAUAGGACAACACAGUGCUGAACAUGCGAGGUCUAUUUGCUCUUGUGAUGCUAUAACCAAUAUUAUAAAUGUUUAUUUGGAUUCAGGUAUAGAAAGUGAGAGCAGACAUAAAUGUAUAGUUGCUCUAGAACAAAUAUUGAAAAAAUGCGAUGAUUAUAAUGUAUUAGACAAAUUGUUAAUACCGUCGACCCCUACCGAAAUAAUGAUAUACAUACUUGAAAAAAUGAGCAUAAUAUUACCUAAAAAUUCUCAAGCACGACGAACUUUUAUUACUAAUGGCCAUUUGAAAAUGAUCCAAAAUAUUAACCCAGAGAUAAAUUCAGAAUUAUUUCAAGUCAUCAAGGCGAUAAAUUGUUGUUUCCCAGAAGAUAUAAUACAAAUGGUAGCUGGAGACUUCCCGGAAACAGUUAUGAAAACAGUGGACAAGUAUGUGCCACAAAGUGAAUGUUUGUUUUUUAAUCGUCAAUUAAAAAGUGAUGAACAAUUGCAUAAAUCCUAUUCUACUUCAAAAACACCUUUAUCCGGCGAAGAAUCCUUCUUUAAAUAA